GCUCCUCGUGGGCUUUCAGUAGAAGAAAAGCGUGUUAAGCUGCUCGAGUUAUUCCAUGAAACGAAGGAUUUCUACCAGCUGAAGGAGCUGGAAAAGUUGGCUCCUAAGAUGAAGGGCAUAGUUCAGGCCACCGUGAAGGACAUCCUCCAAUCACUUGUCGAUGAUAGCUUGGUCCAGGCAGACAAGAUUGGCUCAUCAAACUUCUUUUGGUGCUUUCCAUCUCAACAGGGGACGAUUGCUCAGAAUCGCCUUACCUCUCUCAAGGACGCAGUGGCCAACAACGAGUCGCAGUUGACUGAACUUCGUGCAGCUAUUGACGCUGAACAUGCAAUGAGACCGCAGAGCAGCACGCGUACACAAGCGCUCGAUAGCUUAAACGCAGCUAAGAGAGAGCUCGCCACUCUGGAGAACGAGUUGAGCGCAUAUGGAGCCCGUGACCCCGUCAAACUCGCAGAGAAGAAAAACGCAGUUGGCCUCGCCCGAGAGGCAGCACUACGAUGGACAGACAACUACUUGAUUUUGCUUGGUCACUUCACUAGGCAGAAUGGAGUGGAUGCACAAGACAUCCGAAGGUACCUUGAGAUUGACGAGAACUACGAGGACCUGUGCUGAAUGAUUAUGGUGUCAU